AGAGCCGGUCAGAUUGGUAAGGGCAUUGCCCUUCAACUAUACAUAGCAGUAUGCAUCUCCGGCGCUGUCCAGAAUGUUGCAGGCGUGGAUAACAGGAAUGUAAUUACUGCUAUUGAUGAGGACGGCGACAUGCUUAUCUAUCAAGCCGCGGACGUUGGCUUGGUGGGCAACCUGUUUGAAGAAAUAUCAAAGCUCUCGUAA